AUGCUGCCUUCAAAUAAUUACGAUUAUUUUCCACAAGCAAAGUCAAUCUGUCAAAGACAAUGGACCAUAGAUGAUGUCAAAUACUUCUUAGAUUCCUCUGCGCGAAAAUUGCCGUAUAAACAACACAAACGGACGAGCCGUUAUGUGAGAAAAACGACAAGAAUUAUCAAACAAUUAAAUGAAAUUCCUCUAGAAGUCUUAGUUACUAUUCCGUCACAUGAAUUUUAUAUUUCAAGUCGCGACCUUCUUCGAGAUAUUCUCGACGAUUGGCAUUCGUUGAUGCAAUUAAGCGAAGAAGAGAUCGAUUUUGUUCGAAAUGGUGUCUUGCUUUUCAAAGAUCUUGUAAAUAUUAUUCCUGACGUCAGUAAGUUAACAUCAUGGCUAAUCGAUUCAUCUUUUGUGGAGUCCGUAGCGACAUGUAUGAGCAACAUUGAUCAGCUACUUUCAAAGCAUCAGAAUCAACAAAUGUUUAAACAACUAGCACGACUGUUGAAUAUGUUUGGUGUUUAUUAUGAACGACUGCCUUCGAACGCAGAAGAUAAAGAUGAAUUUUACCGAUUGUUUAUUGCAACAAUGAAUUGUUUAGUUUCAUCGAAUUAUGAAAGAGUGUUUAAAAAAUUGAAACCAUACGCCAAAUCUAUGACAAGAGAGCAGAAGUUCUUCCUUAUUCAGUGUCCAUCAUUUUUAACUUCGUAUCGAGGUUUACAAUCUAAGAAUAUCAUCGAUCAGUUAUUAGGGACAAUGAUUCCACGGUACGCAUCAUUAUUAGAUAAACAUAUACAAUCGAUUAAAGAAUGGAAGUCAUCGAUGAUCCACGCAAUUCAUCAUCUGCUAUUAACAGUAACACAUGUCCGAGGAUACUAUACACCUUAUGCCAACGGUCAACCAAUUAAAUGGCUAAUUGAUCAUAUCAUUCGUAUUCUUACCGAACUAACUUUUAUUGAAAAAAUUUCCAAAAAGUCCACAAAUCCCGAAACAGUACUAAUUCAUUCUGCUCUGCAGACAUUAACAAUCUUCGCUCACGAACCCGACCUUCUAAUUUACCUAAAACAACUUAAAAUAACUUCCAUCUUUCGUUCAUUAGCAUUCGUGAGCAAUGAAUCGAUUGUUUUACAUGCUUAUGUCAUGUUAUCUUAUACACUGGAAGAAGAUGAUAUAAAGGCAUCGGAGAAAGCUUCCGGUCGUUUACUUACGAAAAUACUUGAUACGUUACGAAAGAAAAUUCAAUCGAUUUCCGUAAUGGAUAAUGACGAGGAAUCUACUAAUAGAAAUAUUGCCUUGCUUAUGGAAGCAAUUCAAGCACUCGUUCAACACGAUCAAAUAAAAAGUGAGAUUUUAAAACAAAAUGCUCUACAUUUACUGGUUAACCAUUGUCAACAGUUGAACGAUCGUUCGAAAAGAUUAGUACUCGAGUCGCUCGGUUCAAUCACAUUCGAUGAAGAGGCAGCAAGAAUGUUACGUGGUGAUGAAGAAGUAAUCAAAUCGAUUGAAGAUAUGCAGAAGGAUGAAAGCGAUGGAAUUAGAAAAGCAGCAGAGAAGAUUCUUUGGAAUCUUUUCAAAGAGUCCGAAAGAGAAAAGAAAACGAAUACUAAAAAGAAGAUAACUGAAUCUGAUGACAAAAAAGAAGAUCAACCAAAAAAAGUUGAUUAUCAAUAUGAUAUUAUGAUUUCAUAUUGUCAUGCUGAUAAGGAACUUGUUUAUCGAGUUCAUCAGUUCUUAGCAGAUCAAGGUUUUAAAAUUUGGGUCGACCGAGAUAAUAUUUACGGGCCAGCGAUGCAAGCCAUGGCAGAUGCAGUUGAAAACUCUGAAUUUGUUAUUUUGUGUAUGUCCGAUUCAUACAAACGUAGCGUUUAUUGUCAAGCAGAAGCUGAAUACGCGUUUCGAUGUAAACGAAAUCUGAUACCAAUUAUUGCUCGACAAGGUUAUCGUGCUGAUGGAUGGCUGGGUUUAAUCAUUGGUAGUCGAAUCUAUGUAGAUUUCGGUCGAAUGGAUUUUAAAAAGGCAUGCGAAUUGAUUUUGAAGGAAAUCACUUUGCAACGUGGAAAUCAAAUCAAUGAACAAAGCAAAGCUGUUCCUCAUCAAGCAUCACAAGAAACAUCGGUAGUAGUUACUAAGUCGAUCGAACAACCACAACUACCGGAUUUUUAUACAAAACGUAAAAUGACAAAACUGACUUAUCGUAUAACAGUGGUGAACCAAUGGACGCAAAAAGAUGUUUUAGACUUUUUAUUUGACACAAAUCUUCAUUAUAUGAUGCCAAUAUGUGAAUUAAUGAAUGGAAAUGGAUUGAUAAAACUGUUUCGAAUAUGUCAGACAAAACCCAGUCGAUUGUACAGUCAAUUAAAUGAAGAACUAAUGCUCCAGUUCGAUGGUUUACAUUUACCAAUCGGAGUUUUCACACAAUUUCUCAGUGAAAUCGAUCAGUUAAUUAAUUCAUCUACUGUCCGUGCCAUUGAACAGGACGCACUCCUCUCAACAUCAUCUUCAUCUUCAUCAACACCAACUCAGUCUAGUGCGAAAACAUCGAAAUCGCAACCUCCGAAAAAAUCAUCCACUCAACUUAGUCCUAUCACAUCUUCCAUCGAAUCAACGUCACCGAAUUUAACAACAACUCAAACAACAUAUCGAACACAACCUCUGCCUGUUCCAUCAACAAACAUUCGCGAACUCUCAACUUAA